GCCGAAAUCGCAAAGGAUAUUCAGUUUCGGAGUAUCCUUCGCAGGGGAUGGACCUUACGCGCGCGCGUUCUUUCCUCUCUAUCUCUAUCUCGCACUGUCAUCAUUAUUAUCAUCAUCGCUCCCAUAUUCGUUGAAUUUCCGGACGCACACACACGUCGUGUCGUGACAUCGUGGCUGAAAAGUGUAAGUGUCCGGAUGUGGCGGGGCAAGCUAUUUUUGACGGGGGGUUUUUUGUUGUUGGCAAUUUUGGGCAGAAGUCUGCUAAAUGCAACCAUCAAGGAAUAAACACGAGAAAGCCACCCGUACAAGUGCCCAGUGCCGUUACGUUUUCAACGUGAUUUAGAGGGUUGUGGAAAAUGGCGAAAAGUCAAUGUUUUAGCAGUGAAAAUGUGAUGUUUUUCAUCGUGCGAUUGCUGGUGUGUUGUGUAAUGGUGUUGAAUUGAAUGUUUGGAUUGUUCGUAACAACAAUUCUAUUGCUCAAGUACCUGCCUUUAGGUAACGUAAUAUGUGCGUAAUGUGAUGUUUGAAAGGUUGGAAAACAAACACCAAAAAAAAAACCGGUAAAAGGCAAAGCGGAAAAUUGUGAACGGAGCUGGUAGAAUCGAAUUGUGUAAUCACUGGAACGCGUAAAUUCCUAACCCGACUAGUGGACAUGAUGCUGAAGGCUAAUCUAUCUUACGCACAGAUCGUCUCACUAAUCAUGAUUCGCACGAUUUGAGCAAUCUAUCCAGUAAGUGCGCUUUUCUUCCAUUUAACCAACGAAAGCAUGAGACCGGAAAACAGUCAGUGGAUUGAUGCCUGCUCGCAGUGACCAUUAGCAGUUGUGUCCUGAUUCAAUCUUUUCUUUUCCAUCAGCUUUAUGUAGUGAAAACACUGAAGUGAAACGAAAAGAAUAAAGUGGAAAUCACUAAAGCUGGUGCAUUAUAACAUCCUCAUUCGUUGGUGGCAAGUGUGUGCAAGUGUGUGAUUGUAAAAAUAGCGAAAAUUAAUAUAUACAGUGUUUAAAAGUAAGCAGCUAUUAAGAAAAAUACUUACUUGUUAGUUAAUAAAUUGUAGCACUGUAAGGAUGUACCGAAUUCAUGGGGUGUCGUGAUGAGUGAUUUAUGUGAAAGGAAGUGAAAGGUUUUUGGUUUACCUUCUAGCAAACAAACACUCGUGCUCGAUGGAAUACGAAAACACUGGAUAAAGUACAGGGCAUGACGUCAUGAAAGCAACGAUUGACCGACGCGUUUGGAUUAUGUUUCUUUGGUAUCUUCUUUUGAAAUGUUCGCUCACAAAUAUCGUACCCUUGGCGGUGGUGCUCGCGAGCCCCACCGAGACAGAACACAACCCGCAACCCUCCACAGGAAGCAAUAUGGAAGAUCUAUACCACCGAAUAUUAGAUGACAACGAAUUUAGCUCCCAUGCAAAUAUCCGGUACAACAGACACAGUGAGUCCCGGCAAUCGGGCGGAACUACGGAUCGGGAGCGUCCAUUUCUGAGGCGUGAGAACGAUUCGCCCAUUCCCGCGCGAUGGCAGGAACCGUCAUCCGCGCAGCGAGUAAACAAUAAUCGUAAGAUUAAUCUCGAGCCUCAUAGGGCUAGCACUAGCUUAGAUAAUGUAAUGAGCGGCUUCGAUGAGCUUACCGUCGAAGGUCGCGCUACUACGGAACGCCCAGUCGCCGGUGCUUUCGUGCUCGAUGAUGUGCACGAGCAGCGGGCACUGUUCGAGCGCGAAGGACUGUCCGGUGUAUUGCGGGAUCCGGAGCUGCACGGCGAACGGCACCGUAUUCUGGUGAAUAGCUAUGCGGAGAAUCAUUUCCCUGCCUACCGGCGGCAUCGCCGAUCGUUGCUAAGACGUCGAUCGAUCCGAUUAAAGGAAUCGUUCGAUAAGGAAGAAUCCGAUAAGGACAGCGAAAAGCCAACAGCCCACGGUGGUGAUGUUUUGAAUGCGAAAGUAAGCAGCACCGAAACAGCUUCGGUGAAACCACAGUCAAGCUACGCCGUGCAGCAACCGACCGCGAAUGCUAAUUCCAAUGUACAUUCUAACCUUCCACGAAAGGCCGACGCGCGUCCGAGCCUGGCAAUUGGUGCUGGAACUUCCAACACCCAAAGUUCCCCUAGCAAUAAGGCUGCGGACCGUGUGCCUACCUACCCUAGAAACAGUAGCCAAGGCGUACGGGCUGCUGUCGAGGCGCCUACGGCCGGAUCAGGCCGGCAAGAUGCGACCAACAAAGUCGAACACCUUCCAACCGUAACCGGUACGACUGAGCGAGCAAUUAUGUCGCCACAAUCUUUGGCACCGGGCGACGGACAGCGACAGCAUCCUGCCGGUACGAACGCUCACCCAGCCCCACUCACUAUCGACAGUUUCAAUUUGCUAGACGACAGCGUCUACAUCACGCCCGCCCACGGUCAUCGCAAUGACAGUGGUGGCGCAUCGCAACGGUUGCCUUCCCUCGGUACGGAUCUGACGCUUGACGCUAACGGUAACAUUUUCGGUCGCGAAAACUUCGACGAGCAAAUUAUCUUUCUCAAUGGACCGGAUCUGCUGGAGACAAGUGCUGAACAGCAGCAGCAGCAGCGAGAGUUACCCGGCGAUGAAGGCGCACGGAGACAGCUUGCCGGUAAGGUGGCACGCGAAGUGGCCCGAGAGGCUGGACUAGAGGUGGACGGUUUCGUGGCAGAUGAACCCCAAGCCCUGCCACUGAGACCGAUUAUCCGGGGACCUUCGGACGACCAUGUGGUGGAGGUCAAUGUGGUGGUGGUGUACGCGGACCAGCACGAAACGGUACGGCUAAACUGUGAGGUUGAUGCCGAUAUUACCACGAGCGUUUGGCUCAAGGACGGACAGAUAGUGCACGUGAUGGACAAAAAGUCACGCACCGCCGACAUCCGGUUCGUGCGCGAACCGCUCGGUGGCCUUACGAUCUCGAAUGUGAUGCUGGAGGACGACGGGGUGUGGCAAUGUGAGGCCGAAAAUGCACGCGGUUUCUUCUUCAAUGGGCGCCCGAUAAAGUUGAUUGUUCUCGAUCCACCGAAGGAGCCGUACCUUCUGAUCGAUUCCCGGCGGCUCGAUGCAGGCAACAUGUUCAUCCCGGUGAAGGAAAACUCCGAGCUGGCGCUUGCCUGCGUAAGCGAGGGUGGCAAUCCCAAGCCCACGCUCACCUGGGAGGUGCUGCUGAGCCCUGGCAUCGAUCGGCAUGCACAGAAAAUAUCCAGCGAAGUACUGGAGCUGCAGGAGAUCAAGAAAGAUAAGGACAAGGAACCGUACAAGAUCAACGCCGGUGCAAUAUCGGAGGUGAAGCUGCCGGCCGUCUUCCGGGUGCAUCAUAAUGCCCGCAUCCUCUGCAUCAUGGAACAUCCGACGCUGAAAGUGCGCCAAAACGCAUCGAUUCUGCUCGAUGUGCAGUACACACCGUCGUUCGCCAUCACGCGGACGCCCGGUUUUGGGUAUCCACUUCGGGAGGGUAUUGAAGUUUCGCUCAAAUGCGAUGUCGAUUCGAACCCACCCAGUACGCCACUGUGGCAGAAGGAUGACGGUGAUCCACCGGUACCGCAGACGGGCGAUGGAUUUCUCAACUUUAGCUCGAUCCGGCGGGAACAUUCGGGCUGGUACAAGUGUACCUCGAGGCAUCUCAAUUUCCAGUACUCGAGCAUCGGAUAUUAUCUCAGCGUGCGAUAUGAACCAGUCGACGUCACAUCGGAACCCGUCGAGCAGGAUCUUCCAAUGUCACCGUCUUCCUCAUCGUCUUCGUCGUCUUCCUCAUCUUCUGUUUCGCUGGCGACUGCGGGAGGUUCAAAUUUAACGGGUGGUACGUCUACCGGAGCGGCCACACCUGGCACCUCCGGAACGGAUCAAACCGGAGGUACUAAUUCCUUCAAAGGAGGUCAAAUGGAAGUUGAGCUCGGUGGUUCCGUUACGCUCCAGUGUCCCCAAGGUUCACUCGGUUGUUGGUCACAUUUGGAUCCGCUAACGGCCCGGCUGAAAGGACUCGGCGCUGGUAUCUACACACCUACGGGGCAGUUUUCCCUAAAGGAUGUCGUCUACCAGGAUGCCGGAACGUACAAAUGCGUUGGCCAGAACUCAAACAAUCGCAAAAAGCUUGAAGUACUGCAAACAGUGUCCAUCGCUGUAAAAGGAGCCCCAAGUGUAAAUGCCCGCAAUACGACACCCGUUGCGUAUCCUGGAUCACCGCUGCACCUGUCAGUGGAAUUCUGUGCCAAUCCUCCAGCGUACGCCGCUCGAUGGCUGCAUGGCGAUCGAGUCUACACGCCCGGAAAUCAGUAUGGAACGGAUGUGCUUGCCUACGGUUUCAUUGAUUUACCCACUCCAUUCUGCAAGGAGGCACGUCUAACCUACGUGCACAUGCACGAGAAAGUGCCAAGGACGUUCUACUUUAUCGUUUCCUCGCCAGGCGGCGUUGCCGAGGCCGUAUUCAAAGUCAACUACACGCUCAAACACAAGCAAAUGGGAUCGUCCUCCUCGUCCGGUGCAUCCGCUUCCGGUGCCGGGUCCGGUACAUUCGGUAGCCCAUUUUCCCUGUCCUCUUCGUCAUCCUCAUCGUCCGGUUCGGGAACGACAGUUAAUGGGGGCAACUCGGGCUAUAAGAUCAACACCAACACCAUCAACACGGUACCGGGCAAUGGGCUGGACGAUGAUGAGGAGCUGAUGGAACCGGAAGAAAUUCACUUUCCUAUCUUUGGCACGGGAAGAAGUGCUGGCCGUGAAGCGUUACCGGUAGCAUUCCUUACGCUGACCAGUCUACUCGCCAUUGUUGCUGCCAUGACGCUCAUCAACGGUCCUUUUUAUUGUCUAUAGUAAGCCCAUUAGUGGAAACAUUCACAAUUCGUUCUUUAAACUAUUUUCAUCUCAAAUUUGAUUUUUUUUUUAUUUUAAGUUUAAUUUUCUAAAAAGCUGCAUUUAACCCAUAAUGGAAUACUUUGGAUUCCAUUUAUUCUAACCGAUACACAAACACACAACAAAAUCUUUUCUAAGGGAAUGUUUUGUAUGUUUUAGAACUCUUGUCAAAAUAGCCAAGUGUUCCUUAAAAAAAGGAAUAGUUCAAGAAGCACUAGCUUCCGAACAAAAAUUGAAAAUUUCUUACUGUUGACUAGAAAACAAAGUUUUAAAACUUCCGACUAUGUUCACACGUUCGUACAGAAGAAAAAAAAAAGUUUCCCUCUUCGACUCAACUCUUGCUCCAUCAAUGCCAUCUUACUGUUUGUCAUCUUUCACUUCCCAAGAAAACAACAACAAACUUUCAUAUAAAUUGCGCUCUCUAAUCGCCUCUUGUCUUCUUAAUCGUGCACGACAGUCAGUGUGCACGAUUCAUAUGUGCGAGAGUGUAAAUGCACAAACGCAACAUGAAACGAACGAGCUAUAAAACAUCCGAACCAGAACCACGUUGUACAUCUCAUGGAAUGAAUAGGAAGUCAAAUGCUAAAAUGAGAAAAAAAAAACUAAUUGGAUGGAGUUUCUCCUAAACAAACCUAACAAAGGGCAGGUAACAAUAUUGCAAAACAUUUAGUAACGAUACAUGAAACCUGACGAGCUGGAAAAUGGACCUAAAGGAGCAACAAGAUUUUUUGAGCGAAAUAUAUUUACCCAAAAACGGGAACUUUUAUGCGAAGAGUCACAACGCGGGGACAGCAAAAGGAUGAGUUGGGGGAAGGGAUAAGGAUAAAUAAUUGAGCAAGAUAUAAUGGUGCUUUAAUUAUAGAUCUUACUUUCAGUUCAAUUGUCAUUGGAAAUUGGAACACAUGCAUGGUUGGUAACAUGUUUUUAUAUUCUGUGGUUUUUUCGUUUUUGUAUUUGGUGGAGAACGAGCGUUACGAUAAAACCGUGCCGAUAUUCACAAGAAAAACACACGCAUUAAAGACAUACCCCUGUACAUACUAGCCAAACGCAUUGAAAAACAAAGCUAAGAUUAAUUUUAUAGUUGGUUACUUUUAUUCCACAAAUCGGGUGGGUUUUGUUCACAUGUCGUCGUUGUUGUGUAAAAAAAAACAUAUGGAAAAACUAAAUCUAGUUUCGCAUGUAAGAUCAAACAUCAAAAACAACCAGAAACCAUUUAGGGAAUUAGCUACUAGGGGUAAUGGGGGACAAAAACCAUAAUAACAUUGAUUGAUGGAAGAAGAAAAAAUAGACAGAGAGAGAGAGAGAGAGAGAGAGAAAAAAAGAGAGAAAUGAAUGUGAAUGUGAAUGGAAAAUCCGUUUUGUUAACAUAGUGAUACACACUCGCACACUAAUACACACGCAUGAAACGGUACAACUGAUUUUCCAUGAUUUUCCUCACAGUGAGGAAAAGGAGGAAAAUUAACAAAACCGAAAAGAAACGAUUUAAAAAAAACAAAUGGUGCAAUGGACUCUCUUUUAAAAAACUGCAAAAAAACUGCUGCUUCGACACACAAACACUAUCUGUACUCGAAAUGAAUGAAACAAAAACCCUAAGCAACUACUGCUUAGUGAGCUAAGCUUCUUCCGGCGUUAAAGAAGAACAAAAAAAAACUGUACCGGCUAAUUUAAAUGCUUACUAAC